AUGUAUUUAUCUCUUUCCCUCUGUUCCUUAAUUAUUUUCCUCCUCCCUUUUUCCUGCUUACUUCCUCCCCUACCACUCUCUCUCUCUCUCUGUCUCAGUCUCUUUUUUUCACUUAUUCUCUACACCCCCCAUUGCAAUCAUCCCCCCAACACCUCACCAAGUCAAUUUUAUUUACCAUUCCUCUGCUUGUCUCUCCCACUUAUUGAGUUUCAUUCAGCAAACAGUUAUUUAACAAAGCUCUCUUGCUCCUCCCACUCAUUCUUUACCUCCUCAUCAUUCACAUCAUCAUCCUCUUUUCUUUCUUCUCUUUUUUGCCUUCCAUCUUGUGUUUACCAUUCUUUUUUCUCUCUCUCCUUCCUGUCUGCUGGUAACUUUUUUUUAACUUCUUUCUUUUACUUCCUGUUUUUCUUCUGUCUUUGCCAUCAUUAUAUUUCCUUUCAAUUCUACUUUUCCUACUUUGCACCCUUCAUCCCUCACUUUCUUUUUAGUUUUCCUUUCUUUCUUUGUUAUUGUAUUUCUCUUUAUUUCAAUUAUUUUUCCUCUGUUUCUCUCUUUCUGUGCCAUAUCUGUUCUUUCUUUCUUCUUUGCUUUCUUUGUCUCCUUCUUUCUUUCUUUCUUUCUUUCUUUCUUUCUUUCUUUCUUUCUUUCUUUCUUUGUCUCCCUCUUUCUUUCUUUCUUUCUUUCUUUCUUUGUCUCCCUCUUUCUUUCUUUCUUUCUUUCUUUCUUUGUCUUUUCUUUCUUUCUUUCUUUCUUUCUUUCUUUCUCCCUCCCACUUUCUUUCUUUGCUUCUGUUUCCCUCUUUCUCUAUCUCCUUUUUCUUCUCUUUCCAUCUCUCUUUUUCUUUUUCCAUAUCUUUCUUUCUCUUUCUUUCUCUAUUUCCUUCACUUUCUCCUAUCUCUUAAUCUCUUUCAAUUUCUCAUUUUUUCUUUCUCUCUAUUUUCUUCUCUUUCUCUCUUUCUCUCUUCCUCUUUCCCUAUUGCCAUCAUAUUUCUUCUUUUCAUUUCAAUUUUACUUUUCUUAGUUUGCUUCCCAUCAUUUUGUUUUUAUUUCUUUUCCAAUUUCUUUUUUUUUUUCUUCAUUUCUUAA